AUGUCCUCUAGAAGCGCCUCGAUAUACUCAAUCUCCUCUGUGGGAUCUGAGAAGCAAUUGGCAGAGACAUCCAAAAUGGAGAAAACCGCAUUUGAAAGGCUACCCGAAGAUAUUAUUAUACAGAUUUUGCUCCUUACCAAUGCCAACACCUUUGCUUCCCUUGUCUUACUGAAUUCUAGAUGGAGGGGCAUCUCACAGCAAGCCUACCUUUAUUCGCACCAACUCACCCAAUGCCCUUCCUACUCGGCCGCACAUAAUACAAUUCCAGCUUUGCAGGAUGAGGAUAGUCUUCCACAUCUGCGGGCUCUUUUUGCGCGAGAGAUUAAGCGCAAUUUGUUUGAAGUAUAUUUGCGACCUCAAGAGACCGUCAUAAACUUGGUUUCCACCUCGAUAGGCUCGUCUAGCGCGCCUGGAGGGGAAGCAUGCCAUUUUUCAAUUUCUCCUCGCGGAGUUUUAGUCCUUGCCUAUAAUUCAUCCCGAAUUCAUAUUAUAGAUGUCACAGCUCCGGAGGUUCAUAUCGUACGGGAACUCAAAAUCUUGCGACGACCAGCUGCUACCACAAUUACAGAUGAUGGGUCUAUGCUUGCUGUAUUAUCGAACGAUCUUCAGGUGAACCUUUACGACUUGACUGCGCGGCCGCCAAAGCACAUCCGCUCCGUGGCACUGGACCAUACACCAAGGACCAUCGCUCUCUCACCGACGGGACAGGUUCUUGCAGCAGCUUAUGACUCUGGGGUAGAACUGACCUCUCUGCGUGAAAUCGGUACAAGUCGCGCUGUAAAGGCCUAUGGCGUCGACUCUUUGACAUUUUCUCAUGAUUCGGAUUUGCUGUUGGGCACCACACUACAAUCUAGGAAUCCCAGUACCGUCGUCUUGACCGCGCCAUAUUAUGACCCCGGGAGCCUCUCCCCUGAAGACAGCGUUAGCGCCCUUUGGACAACGUCAAUUCUCUUUCCUAAUGGCAGUCGAGACUGUAGUCAUGCGGUCAUACUACCUAGUCCCCAUGAUGAUGAAACAAGUUGGACUUUCACUUAUGAUCGGGUUUUUGAAACAUUUCGCGCUGUUAGGAUGGACGAUCUACGAAACGGUAAAGUUCAUUUCGUGGGUCCCAACGGGGAACCGCCCGCAUCAAAAGCCGCAGCAAAUAAGUCUGGAGAUUUGGCAGCAGUAGGUUAUAGUCGAGGCAGCAUCUGGCUUUGGGGGAUUCCGGAGAAUUUGGAUCCUACUCCUGCCAUUGUGAGUUCGAAUAGUAAUGCGGAAACCGCACCGGGGACACCUCUAAGUCAAAUUGGACGUCGGAAUAGCGCCCCAUCGCUACGUUCUGUAAACAGAUCGCUGGACCAUAGCAAUAUUCGUAUCCCACAAUGGCAACUCCUCUGUGAUAAAUCUCGCAAUACAUUCGUUGAGGGUUAUCAUAUAACCACUUUAGAUGGAGUGAGUGCCUUAAGCUGGGUCCAAGAAGAAUCAAAAAAGCUACCAGGUGAAAGACUUGUAGCUGUUGCACCAGGAGUAAAGCGUCAAUGCAUCGCAGAUGAGGAUGAUAGCAUGAGCCCGGUAGAUGGCGGCCGUAUUUGUAUAUUGGAUUUCGUAUGUGGCCCAAAUAAUGGUAGAAAAACCACAACAACCAUAGAAGUGGGUCAACGAGAAGAUCCGGAAAUUCUUGAGGAGGAACACAGAGACCUGGACACCGAGGUAGCUAUUGUCAGAAGAAGAACAGUGGCGCAGCGGAGAAGUUAUCAUGCCAGUCUUGCUCGUUCAACUACCACAACGCCACAUUCGGAACCACCGCCAAUCCCAGCACCACAUAAUUUGGGCGCUAACAUCCCCCUUCCUCCUUUGCCUAGACAAACGAAUCACCUAGAAAACAUGUCCGACCCAGCAGAGACGGCUUCUAUUGAUGACGAUCAAGAAGCUUUUGACGAUCCUUACGCAAAUGCGGCACCUCGCUCGGGUACGACUCUACGCCGCGCUGCCACCGCUGCUGCGGUCAACAGAAGACUACAUCCUCGUUCAAUGAUACAAGAACAUAUCGAAUAUCGCCGAGCCGAUGGCCGUGAAGAGUAUCCACAUGAAAGUGAUGCAGACAAUUGGGAGCCACCACCACCUCCUUAUCAAAAAGAUCCGGUCCCUCCACUUCCAGAACAUAUUCAGAGAUCUAUCCUUGCGGAUCAUGCAAGAUCUCUGCAGAGAGCAAAUAUCCAACGGGCCACAGUCCUUGAUUUUCCAGGAUUAGAUGCUCCGGUGCUUCAGCGACCUCUUUCUGAAGCUCUACGUGAGCAGAGAUAUCCCUUUCGGCGAUCGCUCAGCGAUACAACAACUGCACCUUCUACAACUAAUCCCGGAGACGAUGAAGUUGCUCGACCCAUGACAAGUCCCUCAAGCGCAAACUUUGAUGAGCGUCCUACAACACCUGACUUCAAUAGUCUUUAUGAUGUUUCCCCAAUCGGCACUCCACAGCCAACCCUCGCAAGAUCUUCAUCUCAUAGGACCCCUCGAGGUUCUGAGGCGCUCAACAAUGAUGACAGUAACACGACGGACUUGACCUCCAAUUCUGCUAUGAGAGCCACUUUACAAUCACCUGUCUCUCCUAUUCCUCAACCUAUGGAUGUAACUCUUGACAGGCGUUUGUUAGAUUGGGAAACGACAACGGUGGAUGAUCAGGUCUCCAUCAUGCAAAACAGUAGACCUACAACCGUUUUAGCUGAAGAACAAAGAGACGACUCUCCUCCUUUACAACUGCAUUCUACAGUGACGGAACCCCAAAUACUUGCACAGGAGCCCUCCGAAAUAGCGUUUGUGCAACAAAGCUCAACAUUCCCGCGGAUGGAAGAUUCUACUUCUAACCCCGUCAAUCUCGAGGAUUCUACCGACGAACAUUUCCCGAUUCGGAGGAGAUCCGAUUCUGCGCCAAUGGAUGUCCCUGUGGAUAGCGCUCCAGCAGUCUCCGGACUAGUGCUACCUAGUGCUGAUCUUUUGGCACGUUUUAAUAGUCGCAGUGGGCGUCCGGCUAGUUUGAAAGAUCCAUCUCGACGUCGUUCCGGCUCAAAUCCUCGAGAUUCCAUACCACUACAAAAUUUUAGCUACAAGUCCCAAAAACCUCCCCAUGCCGCUCCCGAGCAAUCAAGUCGCCCUUCUACCUCGCCAAGUCAUGCACCAGCUUCCGCUGAUAAAUCGAGUCUUCUGCGUCCGAAUACGGCUCUUCAUCCUCCUUCCAGACAUGAUUCUCCUCAACGCAUCAAUCCUGGCUCGCAAAGAUACUCUGCAUCGCCAAAUAUUUUACGCCCAUCGAUGCAACGUCUCGAGACCAUUCACAGCGCAACUUCGACCAGCGGCAGCCCACCCUACAACAUACCACCAAUACCUAUCACCAGGCAACCGAGCAGAGCAGAGCGAAGUGCAGCACAAAACGUCAAGAAUGCUAAACGAAAAGGCUGGAGAAAGAGCAUGACGACGAAGAAAGCUAAGCACAAAAGUGAUGCAGCAAGUAGUGCAGGCUGGACAGAUGUAACAUCGGAUUCGCGACCCGCUACUUCACCGGCGACAGUAAUUCGAUACAUAGCAAAGGUAGAGCACAUCUGGGACGGAUCACUUGAUUUAUAA